AUGUUCUAUUCCUAUCCAUAUAAGGCACUUCGUUUUCCCGUUCAGUGUGUAUGGCUAAAACUGAAUGGCUCUUGGCCCUUGUCGGAAACGUCAACAGAAGUUGGGAAAAACAAACCUUUUUACGGCAAUUCAUUUUUUGCCACUGCUUAUAUAAUAUGGGCGUGGUAUGUCAUCGCCUCCGUGGGCAUAACAAUAAGUUAUCAAACUGGGUUUUUGCUAAAAAACCUUUCGGAUAUCAUAAUCACGACGGAAAACUGUUGCACCACCUUCAUGGGAGUCCUGAACUUUGUUCGACUCAUCCAUUUGCGGCUAAACCAACGCAAAUUUCGGCAACUAAUUGAACAUUUCUCAUACGAAAUUUGGAUUCCAGACAGUUCCAAAAACAAUAUUGCUGCGUGGUGUCGCAGGCGCAUGAUAACCUUUAGCAUAAUGACAGCUCUGCUGUCGUGCUUGAUCAUCAUGUACUGCGUCUUGCCGUUGGUUGAGAUAUUUUUUGGUCCCGAACUCGAGCCCCAGGAUAAGCCAUUUCCCUACAAAAUGGUCUUUCCCUACAAUCCCCACAGAAGUUGGAUCAGCUAUGCACUCACCUACGUGUUCACCUCGUAUGCAGGAAUCUGUGUGGUGACCACUUUGUUUGCAGAGGACACCAUUUUAGGAUUCUUCAUCACCUACACUUGCGGCCAAUUUCAAUUGUUACACGAACGAAUCAACAAAUUAUUCAAGGGAAUACAUAAUACGGAAUUGGCAGAAGAGCUUCAGCUGGAGCGUCUUAAACGGAUUGUAGAAAAGCACAACAAUAUUAUCAGAUUCGCUAAACGCUUGGAGGACUUUUUUAAUCCAAUUCUAUUGGCCAAUCUUAUGAUUUCAUCGGUUCUAAUUUGCAUGGUUGGCUUUCAAAUAAUAACUGGAAAGAACAUGUUUAUUGGGGACUACGUGAAGUUCAUCAUCUAUAUAUCCUCGGCCCUUUCGCAAUUAUACGUACUCUGCGAGAAUGGAGAUGCUCUAAUAAAACAGUCCACGCUGACAGCGCAAAUUCUAUAUGAAUGCCAAUGGGAGGGUUCAAAUCGAAUCGAGUCCCUUUCGUAUAAACCAACCAGCAAACGAGUCCGAAAUCAUAUAUGGUUCAUGAUACUCUGCAGCCAGCAGCCCGUGAGGAUAACAGCGUUCAAGUUCUCAACUCUGUCCUUGCAAAGUUUUACGGCGAUUUUGAGCACGUCAAUAAGCUAUUUUACCCUACUGCGGUCGGUUUACUUCGAUGACGAAAAGAAACAGGACUAGAAAUAUACCUAAUCACAAUAAAGU